GUACUUAACAGGGAGAGCAGCACAGAGUUUCAUGUAGACACUGAUAUUGACACUGCCAGUCUUUUCGAUGUGUAUGGUCAUAUUUUCACCGGUGUUAGCCAUUUUUGCAUUUGCAACAUGUGGGGGUUACUCUGGUCAGCUGAGGGUAAGAGUGGACUGUGCGGACAAGAACCAGACCAACAUCACCAUCAGCUUUGGCUAUCCAUUCAGGUUUGAACAAGUGCAUUUCAAAGUGCCUCUGUGUGAUCUUAAGAGACACGAAACACUUUUCUUGGAGGGCGACUUUUCCAAAUCUGCCCAGUUCUUUGUCACCGUUGCUGUCUUUGCUUUCCUCUACUCCCUCCUGGCCACCGUCGUCUACUUUUUCUACCAGAACAAAUAUAGAGAAAACAACAGGGGCCCUCUUUUGGACUUCCUGGUGACGGUGAUCUUCUCCUUUCUGUGGUUAGUGAGCUCAUGUGCCUGGGCCAAAGCUCUCUCAGGGGUAAAAGAAGUCGUAGCUAGCACCCAGGUCUUGUUCCUCAUGUCGGCUUGCAGGGAGCCAGCCAAUGAAUGCGAGGCUCUGGAGAAACCCGUCUGGACCCGCCUCAACACAUCUGUGGUUUUUGGAUUUUUAAACGUCAUGUUGUGGGCUGGCAACAUUUGGUUUGCCUACAAAGAGACCGGCUUACACAAGACCAGCCAGAGAUCCACCAGGACCCUCUCUGAGAAACAGAGCAGUUUCAGCCAACGGCAAUGCAGCCAGAGCAGCUUUGACCAUUCAGGAGCAUCCUAUGGCCAGCAGCUUUAUCGACAGGUUAGCUUCGACCAUUCAGCAGGAGGUUUUAGCCUUCCACACACCAGCCUGGGUCCGCCUUCACUCUAUAGCUCCUCCUCCAUGGGACCGCUCAUACUGAUCAAUGACAUGUAAGGCAGAGCAUGCAGAGAUGUGAGAGACAGUGAGUGAGUACUGUGGCUGGAUGAGUGAGUGCACGGGUGUCAGCUCAGUGUAUGUGCAGUUAGUCAGUGAGGGUACUCGUGAGA